GAAUGUUUAUGUUGUGUCUGCUGACUUUUGGUAGGAGAGAUGGCGACCUCCCAGAAGUUGACAGAACACUUCCUGACAUGCACCAUAUGUACAGAGGUGUUUGACAAGCCCUGUACACUUGUGUGUAAUCACACCUUCUGUCGGAAAUGUGUCGUCAACUACACCAAAACCAGACGGGAAGCCCUCAGUGCCAAGUCUCUCCUGUGUCCAUUCUGCAGCAAGAUGACGAACGUGUCUGACCCCAAGAGACCAGUGGAGGAGUGGGCGGAUGACGUCAAGCCUAUCUUUGUCAUCCAGGGACUGUUGGACUCGUUUGGCCCCGGAUCUAAAGGAGAGAUGGCGACCUCCCAGAAGUUGACAGAACACUUCCUGACAUGCACCAUAUGUACAGAGGUGUUUGACAAGCCCUGUACACUUGUGUGUAAUCAUACCUUCUGUCGGAAAUGUGUCGUCAACUACACUAAAACCAGACCAGAAGCCCUCAGUGCCAAGUCUCUCCUGUGUCCAUUCUGCAGGAAGAUGACGAAAGUGUCUGACCCCGAGAGACCAGUGGAGGAGUGGGCGGAUGACGUCAAGCCAAGCUUCGUCAUCCAGGGACUGUUGGACUCGUUUGGCCCCGGAUCUAAAGAUACAACUAACUGCAGUUAUUGCAAGGAGGAAGGGGAGACAACUCCAGCUUCAACUUGGUGUUCUGUUUGUGACGACGCACUAUGUGAACGAUGUACACGGAUGCACCAACGAAUCCCCUCUUCCCGUCACCAUAACGUAGUUGACCUGUCUGGAGAGACAAGGGUCAAGGUCAAGAGAAAAAUCAUUUGUAAAGUCCACAAGGACGAGAAUAUGAAAUAUCUUUGUAAAGAUUGUAAAACAGCUGUUUGUCAAACAUGUUGCACCAUACAUCACAGGAAAUGUGACAUGGUUGUUGAAAUUGAGUCAGAGAUUCCUGCAAUGAAAACCGAGCUGAAAAGGAAUAAAGAGAAUUUAUUAAAGAAACACGAUGAGAUGAAAUCAUAUGUUGGAAAACAAAACUCCAUUGUCAAAGAAGAAUUGGCGCUAUAUAUACAAAUAGAAUCAAGUAUCAAGUCUGCAAGUCUCACAGCAAUACAGAUGAUCAAAGCCAAGGAACGGAAACUUCUGUCUGAAUUGAAAGAGAUGUCUGACAGACACAUUGGACAACUGAAGGCAGACAUAAAGUCAGGUGAGAUGUCAGUACAGAUGUACCAACAACAGACUGAGCUGAUAGACCAGGCUCUACAAUCUGAGUGUGACAUGGAUGUGUAUGAGAUGUAUCAGGGAUUUGAGGCCGGUGAUGUGGAGGCUGUCGGAGUCGUAGACGUGAAGGAGAAGGGAAGAAUAGACAGGAUAACAUUCAGACAGGACACGGACAAGCUGGGUAGAGCACUGGAAGGUCUCCAUUUGGGUGAGAUACACGUCCAGUAUGACGAUGGGCUGGACCUGGAGGCUGCUCCUGUGUUACAGGACACCAUUACCGUGCUGGACCUGAAGGCUACCCCUGUGUUACAGGACACCAUUGCUGUGCUGGACCUGAAGGCUGAUACUGUGUUACAGGACACCAUUGACGUGAGAGUAGCAGGAGAUGCAGAUAGAGGAGACCCCAGUGACGUAACAAUGCUAGUGGUGAAUGGUACAGACACAGUGGUAGUUACAGACUACAACAACAACAGUGUCAAGUCCUUCUACACCAGGAACAGUCAACCAGGUCACAGCAAGCUCAGUCUGGAAGGUAGACCCUAUGGUAUAGCAAGGCUGAAACACAACCAGGUGGCUGUCACUGUGCCGUAUACCAGUCAGAUUGCAACAGUUGAAGUGAACCCUGACCUGGUGCUGCUGUCGACCAUCACAACCAGCAAACAGUACUGGGGUGUAACGUCUCUGACACCAUCAACACUGGCAGCAAGUUCCCACUCCCCUGUAUGUGUUGAUAUCCUGGAUAUGUCAGGACACGUGCUGAAGUCAGUCUGUCCUCGCCCCAAUGGUGGAAACAUCUUAAAGUGUCCCGACUCUCUCUGUACCACGAGAACAGGAAACAUCCUGGUGUCUGACUGGGGAACCAACUGUGUCGUGUGUCUGACCCCCGAGGGAGAUGUGGUGUUCAACUACAGACCUACAGGAGACACAGCACUGAAGGUUCCACGUGGUAUCACAAGUACCAGCACAGGCGACAUCCUGGUGACAGACAACUCACUACACAGAGUCAUCCAUCUGACAGAGUCAGGACAGUUUGUCAGAAACAUACUGACAUCACAGGAUGGUGUCCAGUAUCCAUACGGACUCUGUGUUUGUGGUCGUGGUCGUGGUCGUAUGUACUUAUGUACAUCAGAUGUAGUGAAGGUAUUUACAUUCUGUAAGUGAGAGAACAUGUCACAAUCUCUUUCUGUAUGUUAAAUAUAGAUAUAUGGUACCUGGAUAGAUAUGAUGUGAUGCACUGUAGAAACAUUUGACUUUUGAUGUGAACGUGAUGAACCAUACCUGUUGUAGAAAGACCCAACUUGUAAUGUUUUGAUGGUUGGUGGGGUAGCCUAGUGGUUAUAGCGUUCGCUCGUCACGCCGAGACCCGGGUUUGAUUCCUUACAUGGAUACAAUGUUUGAAGCCCAUUUCUGUUGUCCCCCGACUUGAUAUUGCUGGAGAUUGCUAAAACUAACACCGAUUUAAAACAUACUCUCUCACCUACUGUAAUGUAAUGUAAGCAGCCAUUACUUCUACUUUAUAUUCAGAUAUAUUGUCUCAAUAACACUAUGUGGUCCAAUAUCAUGUAGAAUAUUGAUAUUUUGAGAUGUAAUGAUUUUGAAUCACUU